AUGGGCGGUGCGGCGAUGGUUCGUCGGUCCGGUGAUCUCGGUCGAUAUAAACACGUUCUGGGCGUGGGUGCCGCGGCAACCGUGACCCCGAACUCGCCUCGCAUCGCCCAGUACCGCCUGGUCGCCAAGAAGGGCGAGGGCACGUUCUCGGAGGUGCUCAAGGCGCAAUGCAUCAAGAACGGGAAGUACGUCGCGAUCAAGUGCAUGAAGAACCACUUCGACUCGCUGGAUCAGGUUAACAACCUGCGGGAGAUCCAGGCCCUCAGGAGGCUGUCGCCGCACGGGAACAUCAUCAAGCUCCUGGAGGUGCUUUACGACCAGCCCACUGGGAGGCUGGCGCUGGUGUUCGAGCUGAUGGACAUGAACAUAUACGAGCUCAUCCGGGGCCGGCGGCACUACUUGGCCGAGGACAGGGUGAAGACGUACAUGUACCAGCUCAUCAAGUCGAUGGACCACAUGCACCGCAACGGCAUCUUCCACCGCGACAUCAAACCUGAGAACAUUCUCAUCAUGGACGACUGCCUCAAGCUGGCGGACUUUGGAUCGUGUCGGGGCAUCUACAGCAAACAACCGUACACCGAGUACAUCUCGACUCGAUGGUACCGCGCCCCCGAGUGCCUGCUCACCGACGGGUACUACAACUACAAGAUGGACAUGUGGGGCGUGGGGUGCGUUUUCUUCGAGAUUGUCUCCCUCUUCCCCCUCUUCCCCGGGACGAACGAGCUGGACCAGAUCCAGAAGAUCCACAACAUCAUCGGCACGCCGUCCGCCGAGUUACUGGGUAAGAUGAAGCAGAGGUCCGCGCACAUGGAUUUCAACUUUCCGCAAAAGUCGGGCACGGGCAUCGAGAAGUUGAUUCCGCACGCGCCGCCCGAGUGCGUCGAUCUCAUCAACAAACUCCUCGCCUACAACCCCGACGACCGUCUGAGCGCUAGACAGGCGUUGAGGCACCCGUAUUUCCGCGAGAUUCGCGAGAUGGAGAAGAGGCAGUACGCGUUGAUGAACCCCAAGGCUGACGGCACGCUCAGCGGCAGCGGCGGCGACGACAGCCGCGCGGGCCACCACGGAUCCGCGGCGACGUCAUCGGACGCCCGCUCGGACAGGACCCGACGCUCGCGCGCGUCCGCGUCCGUGGCGAGCGCAUCAGUGCCCAGCAUCGCGGGGAAGGGGAUCGGCGACGCCGGCGGCGGCGGGGGCUACGAACCUUCCGGCGGGCACAGGCGGUUGCAGGUUGCCGGGUCGCACCGGUCGCACGCGGCGGCUUCGAGCGUGCACAGCGGCUACCACGCGGGCGCCAGCUCGUACCACGGCGGGUCCGACGCGAGCUCGAUCAUCAGCGCGGGGGGUAUCUCGCUGGGAGGGGUUAGCGCGGCGAGGAGCGGCGGGUACGGCGGCGGCGGGGCGGCGGACCUCGGCGUGCAGGGCGUGGGGAGCAGGAACGUCAAGCCGGGGGCGAGGGAGCCGGUCAAACUGGGCGGGGGUUACGGCGGCGUGGCGGGUUCGUCCUACGGGGGUUCGUACAAGAGCAAGCCCGCGGCGAGGGGCAGCGUGCGAGAGCGGAUGGAGCCGCCGUCGGGGGUUGGCGGGCAGAAGGCGCCGGUGAGUCACCGCACGGACAAGUACGUCAGCCCGUACGGCCAGCAGCGACGCUGAGUCGCGUCUCUUAUUAUAUAACCUAGGUUCAUCGUC